UGUUUUCCCACACUGGAAAUGUUACAGCGAGACGAUGUAAAAUAUUCCUCACGUUUAUGUUAAUUGUUUAUUUUUAAAUAUAUACAUUGUUUUCGCAUUUCUGCCCAGAAAUACAUUUAUUAACUUAAAACGAGUCUGCUCGAGGGUACUUGUUUCUGACACACCAAGAACAAGGUUCCCCUUUGUGCACACAUGAAAUUGCAGAAAGACAACAAGGAAGUGGCCAGGUUAGUCGUGUCAUUUGACAGCUUUAUUCUCCAUCCAUAGAAACCCUACAUACACAUUUGCAAAUGGGGAAUUUGAGUUUGUUACAAGAAUAGUGUGCUGCAAAGAUCGGCGGGAGAGGAUGCUGCUCUUUGCCAGGGCAAGAAACAAUGGGACACGAGGAGCCCCAGUGACUCAAGUCCAGGCCAGUUGCCGGGUUCCCAGAAGACGAGAAAAAACAUGUGCAUUGUCCACACCGCUGACUUUGCAAGAUAGCAGAGGAACAAAUUAACAAAUUUUUUGAAGCUUGGUCAAUACAUUUCGAGACUUAAUAGCCAAAAUAUUAGUAGUAAGUGUGGCAAGAAAAAUGAACUUCCUGGCGUAUUUUGUGACAUUUGAGAACCUCCAUGAGGUCCGGAGAUUGUGCCACUGGGGUCCAGUCAUUGCGCUGUCUGUCAUUGCUAUAUGCUCCACCAUGGCAAUUCUGGACUCCAUUAUCUGGUACUGGCCUCUAGACACUACAGGUGGCAGCAUUAACUUCAUCAUGCUCAUCAACUGGACAGUCCUUAUUCUCUACAACUACUUCAAUGCUAUGUUUGUUGGACCUGGGUACAUCGCUCUUGGCUGGAGACCAGAGAAUCAACAGGAGGCCCAGUACCUACAAUACUGCAGAGUGUGCCAAGGGUACAAGCCACCCAGAUCCCACCACUGUCGCAAGUGUAACAGGUGUGUGAUGAAGAUGGACCACCACUGCCCCUGGAUCAACAACUGCUGCGGCCACAUGAACCACGCCUACUUCACCAGCUUCCUGCUGCUGGCUCCUCUUGGCUGCUCGCACGCUGCUAUCAUCUUCAUUAUGACCAUGUACACGCAGCUGUAUGAGAGGAUUUCAUUUGGCUGGAGCACAGUGAAGAUUGAUAUGAGUGCUGUGCGUCAGUUCCAACCCCUCAUGCCCUUCAGCGUGUCCGCCUUUGCUGCCACACUCUUUGCCUUAGGUUUGGCACUGGGUACCACAAUUGCUGUUGGCAUGCUUUUCUUCAUACAGAUGAAAGUCAUCCUUCGAAAUAAGACCUCGAUCGAGUCCUGGAUCGAGGAAAAGGCCAAAGACAGAAUACAGCACUACCAAACAGGGGAAGAGUUCAUCUUCCCUUACGACCUCAGCAGCCGUUGGCUGAACUUCAAGCAAGUCUUCACGUGGUCAGGGACGCCCAAGGGUGACGGCAUUGAGUGGCCUGUCCAUCCAAAGUGUCACCAGCACACCUUAACUAUUGAGCAACUGAAGCAGAAAACUGAUAAACGAGUGAGAAGUCAGGUCCAGUACAGGGCAGUGGAGGACUAUAAUGGGGCUUGCUGCCCUCUCAAAAAGGGUCUCCAAACCUUUUUCAGAACCCCUUGCACCGAGGAGCCCAGGAUCCCCCUCAGUAAGGGCGACACCAUCCUAGCCACCCGUGGCACCAAAUGGUGGAUGUACGGAGACAAAGUUUUGAAUGAUGAGCAAAUGAGAGUGGGAGAGCGUGUGAGGGGAUGGUUUCCAAGGCGAUGUGUGGAGAAGUGCCAUUACGACACAGCUGCCAGUGAUAGCACCAGCGAAAAGAAAGUGAAUUGAUGUAUUUCAACUGGCUUUAUGUUGAGCAGGGGAGUCAAACUGUACAGAAGGUGUCCAUCCGUGUUCAUAAACAUACGUCCACCGAAGAUGUCAUGCCUAAUGCUGCAGGAUCCCCAUCAAGAAUUGCAUACUUUGAAUACAAUUUCUAUUCCAACUUUAAUUUUUUAAAGAAUCAUAAUUCUCUAAGUCCUACUGAGCACUUUGCUGUCAAUGUCUUUAGAGAUUAGAGAGUUCAUGAGAAGGACUGGUCCCCUUGGGUUCAGUUUGACUCCUCUGACUUAAGUAAGACCCAGCAAAAGUCUUAAUUUCCAAUAAAUGCCACCAGGCUUUAAUGUGACUUCAUUGUGAUUAUGUUACUUUUUACUUGAAUAUGUUGUGUUAACUGGUUGAUGUCCUUUUUUGCUAAUUAUGCAAUGCCUCUGCCCAGCUUACACCAGGGCUUCACCAUGCAACUCUUUCUACAGUAUGGAGAUAACACCUAAUUUCCUUUUAUUAUUUUUGUAAAAACAAAUUGUUGGCCUCGAAGUAUAAAUUGAAAAUUAAAAAGUUCUUCUUCAAGAGA